UCUUGUUCAUAUCAUGACAAGUUGCCAUGCAGCAUCUAAUCUAAUGUAUACCCAACGGGUGUCACCUAAGAGGUGAACCUCAGAUUCGCAGUGUGCCACAUACAUUCAGAUGCAGGUUGCCAGGAGUAUUAGCAACAGAGGUCCUUGAAAAUAUGACCCUUCCCUCCUUCACUGGCAGAUGCCCUGGGGAUGGAGCAUGCCUGAGAUACUGUCUCUAAAUGAAAGUGAUCUCCACCCUGUCCCUUCAACCUCACAUUCAUGUUACACGCUAUGGGAAAACUUCCUGGAACCAGAGUGGCAGAGUUAAAAGCCAAGUAUACCUUGCUGCAUGACGCCGUGGUGAGCACACAAGAGUCAGAGGUCCAGCUGCUACAGAAUGCCAAACGUUUCACUGAGCAAGUACAACAGCAGCAGUUUCACCUGCAGCAAGCUGAUAAUUUUCCAGAAGCAUUCUCCACAGAGGUCUCCAAAAUGAGAGAACAACUUCUCAGGUAUCAGAAUGAAUAUAAUGCAGCAAAGGAAAGAGAGUUCCAUAAUCAGUACAGAUUAAAUAGCUUAAAGGAAGAAAAAAUCAUCAUAGUAAAAGAAUUUGAGAAGAUACCAAAGCCAGGAGAAAUGGAGAAGAAGAUGAAAAUAUUGAGAGAAAGCACUGAAGAAUUACGUAAAGAAAUAAUGCAGAAGAAAUUAGAAAUUAAAAAUUUACGAGAAGAUUUGGCAUCUAAACAAAAGCAGUUACUAAAGGAGCAGAAGGAACUAGAAGAAUUGUUAGAACAUCAGGUCGUCUUAAAGGAUGAAGUGGCCCACCAUCAAACCAUUCCAGUACAAAUUGGAAAAGAGAUAGAAAAAAUAACACGCAAAAAAGUAGAAAUGGAAAAGAAAAAAAUUCUCUUGGAACAAGAAGUCAAAAACCUAAAUGACUCCCUAAAGAAAGUUGAAAACAAGGUUAGUGCUAUAGUGGAAGAGAAGGAAAAUGUAAUAAAGGAAGUUGAAGGCAAACGAGCCUUACUUGAAAUCAAAGAACGAGAACAUAACCAAUUGGUCAAGCUAUUGGAAUUAGCCAGAGAGAAUGAAGCAACUUCAUUAACUGAAAGAGGGAUAUUGGAUCUGAAUUUACGCAACAGUCUCAUUGACAAGCAGAACUACCAUGAUGAACUUUCUCGUAAGCAAAGAGAGAAAGAACGGGAUUUUCGCAAUUUAAGAAAGAUGGAACUGCUCUUGAAAGUGUCCUGGGAUGCACUUACGCAAACUCAAGCAAUGCAUCAAAGGCUUCUAUUAGAGAUUGAAGCUAUCCCUAAAGAUGAUUCUACAUUAUCUGAGAGAAGGCGAGAGCUUCACAAGGAAGUUGAAGUAGCUAAGAGGAAUUUGGCCCAACAGAAAAUUAUAUCCGAAAUGGAGUCUAAGUUAGUAGAACAACAACUUGCAGAAGAAAACAAGCUUUUAAAGGAGCAAGAAAACAUGAAAGAGCUGGUAUUCAACCUUGUCCGCAUGACUCAAAUCAAAAUUGAUGAAAAGGAACAAAAGUCCAAGGAUUUCCUGAAAGCUCAGCAAAAAUAUACCAACAUUAUUAAAGAAAUCAAAGCAAAGGAUCUUGAAAUCAGGAUACACAAGAAGAAAAAAUGUGAAAUUUAUCGGAGACUCAGAGAGUUUGCUAAACUGUAUGACACCAUUCGAAAUGAAAGAAACAAAUUUGUUAACUUACUCCACAAAGCUCAUCAGAAAGUAAAUGAAAUAAAAGAAAGGCAUAAAAUGUCAUUAAAUGAACUCGAAAUUCUGAGAAAUAGUGCCGUUAGUCAAGAAAGAAAGCUACAAAAUUCCAUGCUGAAACACGCCAACAAUGUUACCAUCAGAGAGAGCAUGCAAAACGAUGUGCGCAAAAUUGCAUCAAAACUUCAGGAAAUGAAAGAAAAGAAGGAAGCCCAGUUAAAUAACAUUGACAGACUUGCCAAUAUGAUCACAGUGAUCGAAGAGGAGAUGGUGCAGCUUCGCAAAAGAUAUGAAAAAGCUGUUCAGCAUCGAAAUGAAAGUGGCGUUCAGCUGAUAGAGCGGGAAGAAGAAGUAUGCAUUUUUUAUGAAAAAAUAAAUAUCCAAGAGAAGAUGAAACUAAACGGAGAAAUUGAAAUACAUCUACUGGAAGAAAAGAUCCGAUUCCUGAAAAUGAAGAUUGCUGAGAAGCAAAGACAAAUUUGUGUUACCCAGAAAUUACUGCCAGCCAAGAGGUCCUUGGAUGGCGACCUAGCUGUGCUCCAAAUUCAGUUUUCACAGUGUACAGACAGAAUUAAAGACCUGGAGAAACAGUUCAUAAAGCCUGACGGUGAGAACAGAGCUCGCUUCCUUCCAGGGAAAGAUCUGACCGAAAAAGAAAUGAUCAAAAAAUUAGACAAGCUGGAACUACAACUGGCCAAGAAGGAGGAGAAGCUGCUGGAGAAGGAUUUCAUCUAUGAACAGGUCUCCCGGCUUACAGACAGGCUCUGCAGCAAAACUCAGGCCUGCAAGCAGGACACGCUGCUCUUAGCCAAGAAGAUGAAUGGCUAUCAAAGAAGGAUAAAAAAUGCAACUGAGAAAAUGAUGGCUGUUGUUGCUGAGCUGUCCAUGAAACAAGCCCUAACCAUUGAACUCCAAAAGGAAGUCAGGGAGAAGGAAGACUUCAUCUUCACUUGCAAUUCCAGGAUAGAAAAAGGUCUGCCACUCAAUAAGGAAAUUGAGAAAGAAUGGUUGAAGGUCCUUCGAGAUGAAGAAAUGCAUGCCUUGGCCAUCGCUGAAAAGUCUCAGGAGUUCUUGGAAGCAGAUAAUCGCCAGAUGCCCAAUGGUGUUUACACGACUGCAGAGCAGCGUCCAAAUGCCUACAUCCCAGAAGCAGAGGCCACUCUUCCUUUGCCAAAACCUUAUGGUGCUUUGGCUCCUUUUAAACCCAGUGAACCUGGAGCCAAUAUGAGGCACAUAAGGAAACCUAUUAUAAAGCCAAUUGAAAUCUGAGUAGGUGAACAAAUCCAGACCUCUCAAGGAGAGGACUUCAACCAGGCUUCCUUGUACCCACAGGUGAAAAAUGUGAGCAUAAUACUUCUAAUUUUAUUGAUAAGUAAGGUAACCACAAUUAGUCAACAACAGAGUACAACAUGGUUUCUUUUUACCUACCAACUACUAUACCUUUCAUGACAUCGAACAGGACACAGAACUGUCCUACAUUUAUAUGUCAAAGUAUAUAUUUAAAUUGCUUAUAUUUUCUUUUUCACUCUUUAUGUUGAGUACAUUCCAGAAAUUUGUAGUUGGCAAGGUGCUAUAAAAAUGCACUAAAAAUAAAUCUGUUUUCAAUGAAGUAC